AUGAUGGUCUUGUCUUGUUCAAAUUGGAUAUUGACUAAUUAUCUUUGUUUGAUUAAACCUCCAAUGAAUUUCACGUUAAAAUGGAUAAAUGUCUUCUUUAUCCCAUCCUUCAUUAUAUUGCCGCUAUCUGAUCAUAUUACAAUCAUUGAAUGUAUGAAAAUCGCUAGUGUUUUUGUUUUUGGAAUGAUUGUCCUAAUACUUGUUAAUAUCUACUUUAUUGCGUUUUUGAAAUUCGUAUAUGGUAACUUGGGGGUAUUCAAAGAAGAAAAAGCAGAAUUUGAAAAGGAAGAGGAAUUGGAACUGGAAUUGGAAUUGGAAAGUAUACAGGGCAAUAACAGUAUAAGAGAUGAUGUGACUACUAUUGAUGUGAAUAGCUUGAGGUCGGUACAAACUACCCCCGCACUAUCACUAUCACCACCACCACUACCACCAAGAGAUUCAACUUUACUCAACAAAAACCCGUUUUUACUUGAACCAGAGCGGAUAUACCACAAAACACAUCAUGUUGAAAACAAUACCUCAUAUCCAUCACUACAGCAGCACCGCUACCAGCAACUGCUGAGACAUAGUAUCUCCUCGAAAACAAGCUCCAACAAAGAGACUGUUGCAUUAGAAUCAACCGAAGUAUCACCCAUCACAUCAUUUAUCACUCGUUAUAUUGAUUGGAUCUUGUAUAUUUUCCUAUUCCUAGUAUCGCUUCCAUUUUAUUACAUUCCUUCAAUUCAUACAUUUCUUCCGUAUCAUCUAAGUCUAACCAUACUAGCUUAUUACAUUGCCGUGUUGAUCCCACAAUACUAUCCCAAAACGAAGAAAUUUGCCCAUCCAAUCUUGGUAUCCACUGCAAUUAUUCUAUUUACAUGUUUCAUUGGGUCAUUGAUCUAUCACCAUGAACCGCGAGGAUUUCUCGAGGAUUUGCGUUUUUACAAAACAGGCAAAAACUAUCUCAAUCUAUUCAAUGGACAAGAAGCAAUGAACAACAAAAAUAAGGAGUUUACACUGACUCCACAAUGGCCCGGAUGUGGAGAUUUUCUUUCCUCAUUAAUGGACGUUUCAAUCGUUGCGUUAUCCCUACCUAUGUUCACACAUCGACGCGAUUUCAUCAAAAAUUUCUGGAUCCUUAUGCCUACAAUAUUGGUCAGUGCCGGGGCAACAUUUUUCAUCUAUCCUAUAGUCUGUCAUGCUCUAGGCAUACAACCACAGAGAUCCAUUGGGUUUAUAGGAAGAUCGGUCACUUUGGCUUUGGGAACCCCGCUAAUUGAAUCGCUCGGUGGCUCGGUAUCGUUAAUGGCAGUGUGUACUAUUUUAUCAGGAAUCUGCGGUGUUUUGAUUAAUGAGCCACUUUUCAAGUUUUUCCGUGUAGCAAAAGAGGAUUACUUGACUAGAGGAGUGACAAUGGGUCUUAAUUGUGGUGCUAUUGCUACUGCUCAUUUAUUGAAUAUUGAUCCAAGAGCCGCAUCAACAAGUUCCUUGAGUUUUACUGUAUUCGGUACAGUGAUGAUCAUCAUGGCUGCUAUCGGCUCUAUAAGACAAUUGAUUAAUGAACUAGCGACACUAUCUCCACUAGCGAGCUAUGAUACCAUCGAGCAGAGUGAGAGAGUGGAGCACAGAACUGCCACCGACACUAUUGAGCAGAGAGAGAUAGUGGAGCACAGAACUGCCACCGACACUAUUGAGCAGAGAGAGAUAGUGGAGCACAGAACUGCCACCGACACUAUUGAGCAGAGAGAGAUAGUGGAGCACAGAACUGCCACCGACACUAUUGAGCAGAGAGAGAUAGUGGAGCACAGAACUGCCACCGACACUAUUGAGCAGAGAGAGAUAGUGGAGCACAGAACUGCCACCGACACCAUCGACACUAUCUAG